GGCGCUGCGAAAGGUUGGUUUCGCUUUAUUCAGGCGCUGCUCCAGCCCGGGACAAGUGCCGCAGCAGUUCAGCGGCAGUUCGCACCGAGCCCUCUGCCGGGCAGCACGGGGCUCGGGGUAGGAGCGGGGCAGCGCGGCUCCCGCGGCUCCGAGCCCAGCGCCGGAGGGAGAUGGUGAGACGGGCCAGGGAAAUGGCCAGCGCCGCCGGCGACUCCAGCCUGGACCCCGGCAUCAAAGAGAUGAACGAGACAUGGAAGGGGGCGGUCGCCUGCCUGGGAGUCGCCUUGCUUUUCCUGAUGACCAUCGGCGUCCUUUACUGGCAGGUGGUGGAUAAGCCGGACACCAACUGGAUCCUGAGGGGGCAGGUCAGCGGGCUGGUGUGGGACAGGAGGAGCCUGUCCUUCUCACUGAUGUCGCUCAGCCAGGACAAGACUUUCGCCCACAUCGGCGCCCGCCACUUGCCUGGCCGAGGAGUCACCCUGCUCCACAACCUCUGCUGGUUCAACGCAACGCGGUUCUGCUACACAUGGGACGGCGUGGCCGAGCUCCAGGUGUCCCUGGAUACGCAGAACCAGAGCGUGGCGGAGUGUUACCGGGUGGAAUGGACACCCCUCCACUGCCAGGUGGCACUCAAGGAUUGCUUUUCCAUGGUGAAUGUGUCCUGGUAUGGAGGAGGAACUAUGCACUUGCAGUACUGGCCCAUAAACAAUGCCAACAUCAACUUGCAGCCAUUCAUCAUCAGUGACCUGCAAGACACGCCCACUGGUUUUGGAUCUGUAUUAGAGAGAUACUUCCUUGGAUCAACAGGUGUGGCUGUGCGUGUUCAUCAGGAAGUCCCAUUACAUGUUGGAAUUGAGAGCAGAAAGCAGUUGUGCCUGGGGAUCCCACCCAACGCUGAGAUGGUGCCCCUGAGAUAUACGAUAUGUGUGAGUGACAGUCUGAGAUCAGCCCACCAACAACUCGGCAGUGUGAUCCCUGUGGUUCAGCCUGACCAGCCUGACACCAGCAUUUUGUGGCUGCCACUCUGGAGGUCCCAAAGGGUUGCUGACAUUGCAUUGAGGCUGGAGCACAAUCUGAAGGCUUUGUCCAGAAAACUGAAGCAUCACAGUCUGGGAGAGGGAGUGAUGGAUCUCAGCGAACAGUCCACGCUGCUACUGUUGAAUGAGCCAUACGAGUCGCUUCCCUUGCAGAACAGAUACCGUGGCCUACAUCAGCUAAGGCUGUCCAUCACACUCUCUCCUUUCACAAGCAUCGAUUCCCACCACUUCCAGACCACUCUACAAGAAGGGCGAGAGAACUUAUGGCUCAGUCUUCCAUCAUCAGCAAAUGGAUCUCAAGGGCCCCUCUUGAUGAAGUGGAGGGGGAGGUUCGCGGUGAAGUUAAACAUCAGCAAUGAGGAGGCGCAGGACUGGUUCAUCGAGCAGGUCCGCAGCCUGCGGAGGAGGCUGGAGGUCAACUAUAUCACUCUGGAAGUUGGAGUGGGAAGCCCCUAUAUGGGCCAGGCGCAGCAUCAUUCUUGCCGACUGUGUGGAGAUGAAUACAUCAACCAGUUCGCACUGCUGGCUGAGAAGCUGGGAAAUGCAACAGUUAUAUCAGCUGCUACUAGGACUGCUCACUUGCCAAUGUUUGUUCGAAUGGUACCUCGACAGUCUGAUUGGAGCUAUGCAGGAUUAAAGGGCCUCAUUCCCUCUGUCCUUCACUACAGCUUGCUGGGAUACAGCUUCUUCAUUCCAGAUGCAAUAGGAGGUAGUCCGACAAAUGGCUUUCUGGCAGAUGAGGAGCUGUUUAUCCGGUGGCUGCAGGUUGUGACUUUUCUACCUGUGAUGUCUUUCAGCACUCCGCCAUGGGUCUUUGGGGAGUCCUGGAUUGUGAAUGUGACCCGGUCGUAUAUACACAGACACCAGGCUUUUGUAGUGCCACUUCUGUUGAAAUACGCUGCAGAGUGGGCAUCCCUCGGGCACCCCGUGUUUCGGCCGCUGUGGUGGGUCAGCCCAAGUGACCCAAGUACCUUUACCAUCAACGACGAGUUUCUGAUCGGUGAUGAGGUACUGGUGGCACCAGUGACAGACCCGGGCAAAGUCCACAGGAACAUCUACCUACCAGGCAACAGCUACCGGUGGAAGGAUGUGAACACGGCACAGGUGUUCGACGGUGGGACCCUGCUGCAGGACUACCCCGUGGCUCUGGCUGACGUGGCAAUUUUCAUCAGGCAGGAAUCCUAGGAUCCUGCAGAGAGCCAGCAAGCAACAUCCCAGGCCUGAGGGACCAAAACUCUUCACGGUUCUUGAACAGUCAACAGGACUUUUGUUACUGACCAUAGCUUGGCUGCCUGCACUGUCUUAAGUGUCAGCAGGUGCCGUACACGGACUGCGAUAAGGAAACAGCCCAGUCCGUGGUCGCCAGCUCCCCAGGGGGUGCUGUGCAAGAAGCGGCUCUUCCAUCACCUACUGCAAUUUGUGCAGCAGCUCUGGCUCAAACCUUCCACAACCAUGCCUCAACGUUGCCUGUGAGGCUGAACUGUUUUCUAGUGAUAGCUGAAUUGAGUACUCAAUAGGCACAGGAUGGGAAGCAGCCCAUGUCCAGAGCAAGGUCCAGGCCAGCCCCAGGCUCAGACCUUGGAUUAGGGCUCAGAUCCAGCUUCACGCUCAGGUUUAGGCCCAAUGCUUGAACAGAUCCAGGCUCCGGUUCAGGACCAGGCCCGACUCAGGGCCAGCACAGCCACAGAUCACCACAGUCUUUAAUUAUUUCCACAGGCAUUCAGAUAGCAAAACUGUAGAUUACGUUUAGUUUACAAAGAGAAGUGUUGUUGAGAAAUGAACUACUUCCACAUCAAUCACUCAGCCUCAUCAACACAGAAAGCACAGGUCAGACACAGAGUCAAGCCCCCUCUACAACAUCAAAUGAUACACUCCCAAGGCAGGGGCAGCACAUCAGACACAGAGUCAAGCUCUCUCUACACUGUCCCAUAAAUAUUCCCAGGGUGGUGACAGCACGUUAUAGACAAGGUGUGGAACUCCUCCUCACUGUCCCAUCACACACUCCCAGGACAGGGAUAGCAUGGGUUAGACACAGAGUAAAGCUGCCUCUACACUGCCCGAUCACACACUCCCAGGACAGGGAUACCACAGGUUAGACACAGAGUAAAGCUGCCUCUACACUGCCCGAUCACACACUCCCAGGACAGGGAUACCACAGGUUAGACACAGAGUAAAGCUGCCUCUACACUGCCCGAUCACACACUCCCAGGACAGGGAUACCACAGGUUAGACACAGAGUAAAGCUGCCUCUACACUGCCCGAUCACACACUCCCAGGACAGAGAUACCACAGGUUAGACACAGAGUAAAGCUGCCUCUACACUGCCCGAUCACACACUCCCAGGGCAGGGAUAGCACAGGUUAGGCAGAGAGUAAAGCUGCCUCUUCACUGCCCCAUCACACACUCCGAGGGUAGGGGCAGCACAGGAUAGACACAGAGUAAAGCUGCCUCUACACUCUCCUGUUACAUACUUCCAGCACAGGGACAGCAUGAAUUAAACACAAAGAACCCCUUACACAGCAAAAAAAAAUGGUGUGUUGUUAUCUAUAUAAAAUAUUUAUUUGAAUAGUUGACUCUGGAAUGCUGUAGAAACACCACCUAUCCCAUCAGGCAAUAUCGAGAUUCAGGAAGCCAAUGCACCUAUAGAGCUGGAAGUAGAUGAUGGGCAGAGUCCCUGAAUAGAGACUGAGGUGUGGGAGAGCAUGACGUGGUAAAAAAGGCCUUCACUGUCUGCCGUGUUGGUUUAUCUUAUCCUGUUGUGUGGUCUGAUGUGAAUCCUGCACUCCGUUCUUGCCGUGUGUCACCCCACUACCCCGCUGCCUUUAUCCAUCUGUGCCUAUGUACGGCACUGCAGCCCUACAACACGUGGCUGUGUAUUUCAAGGAGCAGUCACCAUACCCACAGCGUCUGGGAGCUUACACUCCUGUUCUCCCCGUGACAUCUGGUUACAGGCAGCAGGUGUAGAGGAAUACCACCAUCUCCACGUUCCCCUCAGAGCCACACAACGUAUUGACAUCACUGCUCUUUCAUCAUUGUUGGGUCAAAUCCUGUGAACUCCCUUCCCAAGAACACUGCGGAAGCACCUUCACCAGAAGGGCCACAGUGGUUCACCACUACCUCAAGGGCGGUUAAGAAUCAGCAAUAAAUGCUGGCCUUCCGAUGAUGCAGACAUGCUGAUAAAGAUGAGCUGGCAGAGAACAUUCUGCAGAGGAGUUUCUUUUAGCAGAUGUUGGUGUCUGGAAAUGAAGCUCCUUGUUAGGUUGGGACAAUGAAGUGGGAUUCUCCGCUGGAACAUGUCCACACUCCAGGGUGUUGUGGGAAAUGGGGAAUCCCUGUGCUCCGAUUAGAAGUUCGAUCCUAAAUGACUUUGGCCAAGUUAUGCCUACAUCCGGACACUGCACAUUAAGCUGUUCUGGUGUUACUAGUAACGCAUCUGAAAAAGAUCUUACUUAUCUUUGAUCCUAUUAAUGUAAAAAACAUCUUAACUACUGUGCACAAUGGAAUGAUUCCAGGAACUAGCGAAAGGUUCAAAGUUCAAGAACCUUGCCUGGGCAGAAUCCAGAGGAUUGCACUGGCCUCAUUCUACAACUCCCAGAUUGCAUACACAUAUUUGUACUUUUGCAAACAAUAAAUAGAUGGUGAGAAAUGUUAACCACAGUUCCACUUUUCUAAUGUUUUGCUGCUAGUACACAUCAUGCAUUCUCCAUCUUUGCCAUAACCAUCAUCAGAUCUGAGACUGGGGUUUAUAUGAAUCUGCCUUGUGUUCUUUAUCCUGCUUUCAUUGGUAUCACUCAGUAUCUGCUCAUUACCCCUUCAUCUGAUAUUGACAGCUGUCUUUGGGAUAUCUUAAAACCACACCAACUUUCAGCUUCAGAUGGCGGUAACAGCAACUUUGCUUCCUUCUCUGCUUAAGCAUUCACCAAAGCUGGAGCCUUAGUAGAGUACUAAGCCAAGGUUGGUGUCCUUUAGUGAAAUAUUAAACUGCUCCAGUAGCCUUUUCAGGUGGGUCUGUCGGGUGUUAAAGUUCUUGUGGACCCGUGUGAGCAACACUGUGUUCUCUUUGGUGUCGAGGCCACUGUUUCUUCCUCUACCAAAAACACAUUAGAAUUCAAUGUAUUCAUGGGCCUUAGCAAUUUGCACAGGCACCAUCUAACAACACUUGAGAUAAAGCAGUGCAGGUAAUCAUUUUUUCAAAUGUAGUUGAUAGAUGUGUGAGGAAUGUGACCAGGUUAUUGGAGAGCUUCCUGAUCUUUCUGAUUGCUUCAUGAAACCUUUCAUGUUCCUUGAAGAAGCAGUAAGGCCUUGGGUUAAUAACUCAAGGUAGGUGCAGCACUCCUUUGGCACACGCUGGAGUUUCAGAGCAGCCAAAAUGAUCAUGUCCUGGAGAAAGGCUUAAAAACCAUAACCUCUGGUCUCUUGCCACAACCAUCAACAACACUUUGAUCACUAUUGAGCCACACCUGCAGAAAGGUUCUUCUCUUAAAUGAAGGCAAACAAUGCUGGAGAUGCUCAGCAGGUCAGACAGCAUGAGAGAGAGGGAAACUGUCAACAUUCCAGUGCAAUGACCUUCUCAUCAGAAACUUACUCAUACCCUUUUGAAGAUGAGAAUGUCUUCUGUUUUCCUAUAUUGAAGAUGAGUGGUUCUGCUCCAACUCUACUCCCAAGACCUAAGCUUUCUAUGCUUCCUACAGUACUUCAACCAAUUGUUCAUCACUUCUAGAUUUACCUCAUAGGGAUGUCAUUUAACCCUUUGAGUCUGUCGUUGAGUGAGAUUAUGGAUGACCUGUGUCCUAACUCUUUAUAUCUUUUGCCUUAAAUCCCUUCAGUGGUUAUCAAUAUUUGCUCAUUCUCAGAUGUAGCAUUUAAAAAUUGUUUGCAGAAGAACGUUCUGCAUUUCUACCUCCCUUUUCAGAUGGAAAUGUUUUCAAUUUCACCCUUGAAAGGCCUGCCUCGAAUCUUUGGGCUAUAUCCUGGAUUUCUCGAAGAGUGGAAAUAGUUUCUCUCUCCGCACCCUGUUAGUUCUCCUUCAUACAUUAAGAACCAUAGAAGGAUUGCAAUAAUGUGGUCAAGUGGUUUACUCCUCAACCCUUAAAUUCCAUGGAACAAAGCCCUUUUUUUGUGAAAUCUCUCUUUAACUCUUGGAAUCCAGGGAUCAUCUGAGCAUAUCUACUGUGCAUUAUCUCCAAAGCCAAUGUACAUUUUCUUCUGUGUGGUUUCCAGGUGACUUUUAGUAGAAUGUGUGGAUUGAACUAGGGCUUUGAACAGCUGGAAAGUAAAUUCAAUCCUCUUUAGAUAAGAGGUACAUAUCCAGAGUCACCCCAUUUAGCCUUUUUAAUUCUUUCUUUGUACCUGUCCAUGAUGUUUUGCUAAUCAAUGUAGAUGUACCCCUAGGUAUCUUUAAAGCAUUGUUCCAGAUUUUUUACCAUUUAGAAAGUACGCUGAUGAAUCCUUUUGGAUCCCAGAUCCAUCCUUGCAGCUCUAGCUCUUGCCUAUACUGCAAUUCACUUGAUACAGUCUUGCCCAUCACAGACUCUUAAAUAUUUUUCUAAUUUUAUUGGUACAUUCACUGAUCUACUGUCUUAUCCCUUUUGAGCUAAAUGUUUAUUGAUCUAUUAUUUCCUAUUUGGAAUAAAAAACAGGGCUCAAACUCCUUUCCAUUCAUCCCUUCCUCUCAGGAUCAUAACAGGUAAACAGCGAAAACA